AUGAGCCACGUCUAUGAAGGCGCCCUUAAUGUCGUCUAUGAAGACGCCAUUCAUGACGUCUAUGAAGACGCCAUUCAUGACAUCUCUGAAGACGCCAUUCAAGACGUCUCUGAAGACGCCAUUUAUGAAGACGCCAUACAUGACACCUACGAAGACGUCCUUCACGACGUCUAUGAAGACGCCAUUUAUGAAGACGCCAUUCAUGACAUCUCUGAAGACGCCAUUCAUGACGUCUCUGAAGACGCCAUUCAUGACGUCUCUGAAGAAGCCAUUCAUGACGUCUCUGAAGACGCCAUUCAUGAUGUCUCUGAAGACGCCAUUCAUGACGUCUCUGAAGACGCCAUUCAUGAUGUCUAUGAUGACGUCAUCCAUGACGUCUAUGAAGACGCCAUUUAUGACGUAUAUUAG